AUGACGAUGACUGCAGCCGAAUUACUUGCCCAGCGGCUGCUUGCGCACAGAAGACCCCAGAAAUCAUUCUUUGAGACGUUCAUCAGAAGCCUAAUUAUCUUGUGUGUUGCAAUCGCCGUGGUCCUGUCCUCAAUUUCAAUCUGUGAUGGCCACUGGCUCUUUGCCAAAGGCAAGCUGUUUGGACUGUGGCACUUCUGUACCAUUGGCAACACCAGCAUGCUGACGUGCGUCACGGAUCUCAGUCUGGCCAACGUGGAAGGGAUGAACAUAGGAAUGAUUCUUGUAAGAAGCGUGGUCUCUUUCGCUGUCGUCAUUGCAAUAUUUGGCCUGGAACUUCUGAUGGUCUCCCAAGUCUGUGAAGAUGCUAAUUCAAGACGGAAAUGGUCCAUGGGCUCGGUCUUCAUUCUUCUCUCCUUUCUGCUGUCAUCCACUGGAGUGCUGAGUUUCUUAAUCCUCCUGAAAGAUCAUAUCACCUUCAUGGGCUUCACACUCACUUAUUGGUGCGAGUUCAUUGCCGCCUUCCUCUUCUUCCUCAACGGGAUCAGCGGACUUCACAUUAACAGCAUAACGUACCCCUGGAGCAGAGUCCAAAAAAUCUAGAAACUGAGGGUAUAUUCUGCUUUUCUGUGAGUCAGCUUUGCCAAUUAGACUGGAAGAUUUGGCGUCAAACCAUGUUUGGAAAGGACAUCAGGGUUUGUUCUUGUUGUUUUCUUUUUAAGUCAGGUGUAAAGACAAAAAGCGAGUCAGUCUGAGAGUGUCAGGAGCUGGACCCAGCGUUCAUUUGAGAUGGCUGCAGGAUAUUGAUAGUGG